AUGGCACCCUCAUCUCGCACAUCCAAGGGCAAAAGCUCUGGAUCCAAAAAGGCAACCGCCGCAGGAUCCAUCCCCAAACCCUACCGCAAGAUCCCAGACAGCCUUUCUCCCUUUGUCGAAAUACUUGAGCCGGAGCAUGUUUACGUGGUUCACGUGGAUGCCAAGCCGCCCGCCUUCAAGCGCAAGAUCUUUAUGGUUCCCGUGGCCCUCAACCUGGCCGUAUUUGCCCUGUUCGUCCUGCGCCUGCGCUACAUCGCCCCCUACUACAAGCAGCUCGCCCUCGCCGCCGCCGGCAACCACGUGCCGGGCAUCUCGCUCGACACGGCCGCCCUCUCGUGGCCGGCGCUGGCUUGGAUCAUCUUCCGCCGCGGCUUCACCCUCUUCCUGGAUCUGGUCCUGCUCAUCUUCGUCUGGCCCUGGCCCGUCGAGUUCUGCCUGGGCCGCACCCACGGCAACCCCUGCCUCUGGCGCUGGCAGGUCGGCUUCCGGGACAAGGAGGUCUAUGUGCGUCGCAGCCGCGAGUGGGACCGCCAGCUGGUGGGCAGGGACGUGCUGACGGACCAGGCCCCGCGCAGCCAGCUCGCCACCUACGUCCGCAACGCCACGUCACCCGUGCUGCUCAACGACAAGACGGGCUACCUCACCAUGAACGGCGACUGGGACCUGGACUGGGCCGCCAUGAUGUACGCGCACAAGCUCGUGGACGCCAAGGCGCUGGCUCUGGACGCGUUUCGUCUCGUCGUGCUGCUGCAUCACAAGGAACACGGCUGGCUGGUACUUGACACGGGCAGUGGUGUCGGCGGGGGCAGCAAGGAGGAUGAGCGGAGGCGGCAGGUUUUUGCAUUUCGCGAGGCGCUGGUCGGCCUGGGCAAGGAGGAUCUCUUUUUCCGCUGGAUCGAGACUGUCCAGUUCGAGGCCACACAGCCCGGUGGCAUGACCGAGGAGAAACAGGUUGCUGUUGCCCAGAAGAUCCGGGAUCUCUUCCAAGAAGAAGGGAUCGACUUUGACGGGCUGUGGAAAGAAGCAGUGGGGAGCAAUAGCCUGGCGGGGAUGUGA